AUGGAAAACCAUACUUCUGUCCUUGCUAGAGUCAGAUCUAUGUUCCUCACUAGGAAGACUAGUCUGCCUGUUUCUACUUCUAUCUCUGUCAGUAUUUGUGAUAAAUGGAUGCCUCCCUCUAUUGGUUGGAUUAAAUGCAAUACUGGUGGUGUCUUUGAUAUUAUUUCUGGAGCAAAUGGUGCAGGGUAUGUGAUGCGAGAUUUCACAAGAAAAGCAAUCUUUUGUGCAUCCUUAGUGUUUGAAGUUCUUUCUGCUGAAGAAGCUGAAGCAAGAGCCAUCUGGGCGGUUCUGAAGAAAACUUUGGAGGAACCUCUAACUCACAUCAUCAUAGAAAGUGAUGCAAAGUCCCUUAUCGAUCAAUUUUCAGCUAGGAAUUUCGAGGGGAACUCGCGUACUGAUGCUAUCUUUAAAGACGUUCAGUUUUUCUCUUCUAAGUUAGUUGCAUGUAUCUUUACUUUCCAACCUCGUUAUUGUAAUUCUGUAGCUCAAUGGGCUAAAAACAACAAUUCUACCAUGUACUGGUCUACCCCUCCUGUCUGGCUUUUAGCAACAGUUGAGGAGGACCAUUUGCCUUUUUGA